GGUCGAGCUAGUCCUCGAUCCUGAUCUCUGUGUGUCGUUUGUUCUUGCUUUUGACUUUGCCUUUUCUUUCCCUCUACCUUUUCACCUUAUCUCACAACCCCGCCUCUACGGCUUAAAAAAGAAAAGAACCGUCAAAAUGGUUAACUUCACUAUCGAAGAGAUCCGGUCCCUCAUGGACCGUCCGGCCAACAUCCGGAACAUGUCCGUCAUUGCUCACGUCGAUCACGGAAAGUCGACUCUGACCGACUCCAUGAUCCAGCGUGCCGGUAUCAUCUCGGCUGCUAAGGCCGGUGAGGGUCGUUACAUGGACACUCGUCCCGAUGAGCAGGACCGUGGUAUUACCAUCAAGUCGACUGCCAUCUCUCUUUAUGCCAAAUUCCCCGAUCCGGAGGAUCUCAAGGAAAUCCCCCAGAAGGUCGAUGGUGCUGAGUUCUUGGUCAACUUGAUCGAUUCCCCCGGUCACGUUGACUUCUCCUCUGAGGUCACUGCCGCUCUCCGUGUCACUGACGGUGCCCUGGUCGUCGUUGACUGCGUUGAGGGUGUCUGUGUCCAGACCGAGACCGUCUUGCGUCAGGCCCUGACCGAGCGUAUCAAGCCUGUCCUGAUCAUCAACAAGGUCGACCGUGCUCUGCUCGAACUUCAGGUUACCAAGGAGGAUCUCUAUCAGUCCUUCUCUCGUACCGUCGAGUCCGUUAACGUCAUCAUCUCCACCUACCACGACAAGGCUCUUGGUGAUGUUCAGGUCUACCCCGACCGCGGUACCGUUGCUUUCGGUUCCGGUCUCCACGGAUGGGCUUUCACCGUCCGCCAGUUCGCUGUCAAGUACGCCAAGAAGUUCGGUGUUGACCGUAAGAAGAUGCUUGAGCGUCUCUGGGGUGACAACUACUUCAACCCCCAGACCAAGAAGUGGUCCAAGUCCGGUGAAGCCGAGCAGCGUGCUUUCAACAUGUUCAUCUUGGACCCCAUCUUCAAGAUCUUCGCUGCUGUCAACAACGACAAGACUGAGGAGAUCCACAAGCUCGUUGAGAAGCUCGAGAUCAAGCUUGCCAGCGACGAGAAGGACCUUAAGGGCAAGGCUCUGCUCAAGGUCAUUAUGCGCAAGUUCCUGCCCGCCGCUGAUGCCAUGUUGGAGAUGAUCUGUAUCCACCUGCCCUCUCCCGUCACUGCCCAGAAGUACCGUGCCGAGACUCUGUACGAGGGUCCCAUGGACGACGAGUGCGCUAUUGGUAUCCGUGACUGUGACCCCAAGGCUCCUCUCAUGCUUUACGUCUCCAAGAUGGUUCCCACCUCUGACAAGGGCCGUUUCUAUGCCUUCGGUCGUGUCUUCGCCGGUACUGUCAAGUCCGGUCUUAAGGUCCGCAUCCAGGGUCCUAACUACGUCCCUGGCAAGAAGGAGGAUCUCUUCGUUAAGGCUAUCCAGCGUACCAUCCUGAUGAUGGGUCGUUUCGUUGAGCCCAUCGAAGAUGUUCCUGCUGGUAACAUCGUUGGUCUGGUUGGUGUUGACCAGUUCCUGCUCAAGUCUGGUACCCUCACCACCUCCGAGACUGCCCACAACCUCAAGGUCAUGAAGUUCUCCGUCUCUCCUGUCGUGCAGCGGGGUGUUGAGGUCAAGAACGCCCAGGAUCUGCCCAAGCUGGUCGAAGGUCUCAAGCGUCUGUCCAAGUCUGACCCUUGUGUCCUGACUAUGAUCAACGAGUCUGGUCAGCACAUUGUUGCCGGUGCCGGUGAGCUGCACCUUGAAAUUUGCUUGAAGGAUCUCGAGGAGGACCACGCCGGUGUCCCUCUCCGUAUCUCCGACCCUGUCGUCUCCUACCGUGAGACCGUCGGCGCUGAGUCCAGCAUGACCGCCCUGUCCAAGUCUCCCAACAAGCACAACCAUCAACCCCGUGACGAUUUCAAGGCCCGUGCCCGUCUCCUCGCUGACGACUUCGGCUGGGAUGUUACCGAUGCCCGUAAGAUUUGGUGCUUCGGUCCCGACACCACCGGUGCCAACUUGCUGGUUGACCAGACCAAGGCCGUCCAGUACCUCAACGAAAUCAAGGACUCUUUCGUCUCUGGUUUCCAGUGGGCCACCCGUGAGGGUCCCAUUGCUGAGGAGCCUAUGCGCUCUAUCCGCUUCAACGUCCUUGAUGUGACUCUGCACGCUGAUGCCAUCCACCGUGGCGGUGGUCAGAUCAUCCCCACUGCUCGUCGUGUCUUGUACGCCGCUACCCUGCUUGCCGAGCCUAGUCUCCAGGAGCCCAUCUUCAACGUCGAAAUCCAGGUUCCUGAGCAGGCCAUGGGUGGUAUCUACGGUGUCCUCACCCGCCGUCGUGGUCACGUCUACAGCGAGGAGCAGCGUCCUGGUACUCCUCUGUUCAACAUCAAGGCUUACCUGCCUGUCAACGAGUCCUUCGGUUUCAACGGCGAUCUCCGCCAGGCCACCGGUGGUCAGGCCUUCCCCCAGUCUGUCUUCGACCACUGGUCUAUUCUGCCUGGUGGUUCUCCUCUUGACCCCACUACCAAGCCUGGUCAGACCGUUGCUGAGAUGCGUAAGCGCAAGGGUCUCAAGGAGCAGGUCCCUGGUUACGAAAACUACUACGACAAGCUGUAAAAAUGUUCCAUACCCGCCUGAUAUGUUUUCAGUCAGUCAUGGCUGUAAAUAUAUGUUUAUGAGAUUGACGAACCCUCUACAUUGUCUAUGAAAAGACAAGGAAAAUUCAAUGAGCAAAAUUUCAAAACGAGACACAACACGGGCUUGGUUCAUGUCGUAUGUGGAUUUUCGAAUACCUAGAGAAGUAGAAUCCAGGUGUGCGCGUGCAUUCGCUAUGGCUUCCUAUAAUCUAUUUGUUACGUUUAUGACUGCGAGGGCUCUUUAAAUAGUUUACUUGCUGUUCUUUGCUUGGACGUGAAAAAUUUCAUUCAGUAGUUCAAA